UCUGGGUUUAGGGCGCGAGCAGUUGAAAGACAGUUGGUGUCGGUUCUGCCAAGUUCGGGUUCUGCAGUCUGCCUUUCUCCAUGGCAGAUCAUGAAGAGGUGCGGGUUUCUUCGCAGCCCUCGCCGCCUUCCUUCUCUCCCUCGUCUUCAGACGCCUCUUCAACAUCUUCCCCCAGCGUCCCAGUGAGUUUGGACUGGCGUAUUCCGAGCAAGGGAAGCGGCCAAACAGUGGACCCGCUGGAGGAAGUGGAGUUGCAGAUCGGAGACGCAGCAUUUUCACUAACCAAACUUCUUGAAGCCACGUCUGCAGUAUCAGCUCAAGUGGAAGAGCUUGCCUUCAAAUGUACAGAAAAUGCACGCUUCCUUAAAAGAUGGCGGGAUCUCUUGAAAGAAGGCUAUGAUUCUCUGAAGCCUGACAACUGAUUUGACUGUGAAACAACUCCUGCUUCCUCAUUUAUGAUAUUUGCACAUGUACCAUAGGUAUAGUAAAAUCUCCAGUAGUUCUGUAUAUUCAAAAUGAAAUUUUUCUUGGUUUUAUUUACUUGAAAUAAAUAAUAAAGUAAUCUGUGAAAGCAGAUUACUGUUGUUGUUUUUGAUGCUGGCUAUUAUUUGUUUACCUUAAAUACAGUCUGUCUAAACUUUUAUAGAAUCUUUCAUGAAAGUUAAUUUCAUCAGUAGAUGAUAAUUCCACAGUGUUCCUAAUAGCAAACUAGGUAGAACAUUAUUCUAUUUGAUUUGCAAGAAGAUGCCAAGAAUGACUGUGUUUGAAGUUCAGCUUCAUUUUAUAAUGUUAGAUCCAGCUCCAUUAGGCUAAGUUCUCUAGAACUGAACACUGUAUCUUACUCCUAUAUCCCCAGCACCCAAAACAGUGUCCCGUAAUCACUCUUAAGUUGGUUGGAUAAAAGAGUUGGCAACAUAAUUAAAAUCUAUUUUUUCCUCCCUGUUUUUAGUAAGAAGGUUAUAAUUGUUUCUCAAAAAAAAAAUUUGUAGUCAAAUAUUUACAUGGAUUUGAACUUUAACUGAUGACAGCUUUUUAAAAUAUAUAAUAAUUAUUUUUUGCUCUUCUGUGAUACUUUUUAAAAAAGCUUUUUACUUCAGAAAAUACAGGCAGGUACAGAAAGAAUGCAUGUUUUUUCCCUUUUUAUUUCUAAGGUUAACUGCUUCUACAGAUAAUAUUUCUUGCAUUUCAUGUUGUUAGGUCUUUGAUUUCUCUCUGUAAAGUGCCUUAUCACAAUUAUGGUUCUGUACUGUUGCUUUUGGAGCUUUGUAAGCAAUAAUUGUAAAUUCUAAACAUAAUAAUUUUAAAGAAGUUACUUUGUUUUUAGUGCAAAAAUUUAAAUGAUGUCAUUAUUUUGAUGUUAUUUGACUUUAUUGGCAAUGUUCUAUUUUACUUGUUCUGUAUGUUGUUACUUUCUCUGUCUCUGUCUCUCUGUCUAGUGGUUUGUGUCAUGUGUCAAUGAUUAAGCCAAUUAAUUUUCUACUAUAUAACUCUGGACAUCUUUGAUAUAGCAUCUUAAUUCUUUCUAGAUAUGGAGAUGUGUACAGAACUGUAUUGUAAAGCUCCACAAUGGGGCUAUGAAAGGGAACAAAUGGAUGGGCAAAGAAUAGUUUUGUGUAGCUUAUUAGGUCAUAGUUCUUGAAUAAUUUUUUUAAGUUAAAGAUAAUACAUAUAGCCCUGGCUGAUGUGGCUUUGUGGAUUGAGCGCUGGCCUGAGAACCGAAAGGUUGCUUGUUCCAUUUCCAGUCAGGGCACAUGCCUGGG